AAUUAUAACAAUGGUUCAAACCUUCAAAUCAAACUGUACUUAGGUAUUUAUUCUAAAAAGCUUAACUUUAAACCACGAUUGACGGUUGUUUAUGCUCUAAACUUUGUAUUCGAUUUUUGUAAGUUUACACUAUUCGUCAAAGGCUGACAAGGUCGUGCAUAGUUAGCAGUUUAUUCGGAUUUGUUUAUUAUUUAGUGGAAUAUUCAAUUAUUACGAAUAAAUAUAAAUAUAUAUUUAAGUACUAUUUUUAAAAAUGUCUCAACUAGAUAAAAUUGUAGCAGCGUAUCGUAUAGCUACUCAAUACCCAGCAUUAACAUCUGCUAGAAUACUUGAUUGCUCAAAAACUUCUGUUAGUGUUCAAUCUGUUUGGAUUCAAAGGGUUUUGGAAAGGCAAGCCAAAACUAGGUUCCGUCAAACAAUUUUUUCAAAUUAUAAGACUUAUACUUCAGUAUCACCACCAACUGAUAUAACAAACGAGUUGAUAAGCGCCUACUCAAAAUCAAAUAAGCAUUUUUGUGUCGUCAGAGAAGUGGAAUCUGGAAAAGAAAUCAAACAGUACUUAGAAGUAUGGACUGAUUGUUCUCUGGUAAAAAAUUAUGACUUGAGUGCUUUAGAUGUGCAUGGAAAAAUUUAUGCUGAUGCUGAAUUUGGAACUUUAGAGUGGUCUCCUGAUGAAACAAAAAUUGUUUAUAUUGCUGAAAAAAAGGUCCCAAAAUCUGAACCGUUUUAUAAACAAAAAUCAAAAGCAUCAGCUGAUAAAGAUGGUGUUAAUAAUGACACUGUGCCGGGUAAAGAAUAUGAUUGGAGCCAAGAUUGGGGUGAACAGUUGGUUGGAAAGAUUACUCCAGUUUUGGUUGUGUGUGAUAUAAAAACAGAUAGCAUAGAUGUUCUACAAAAUAUUCCAAAUAAUGUUAAUCCUGCAACUGCAACAUGGAUACCUGAUGGAAAUGGAGUUGUGGCAAUUGGUUAUACAAUCACACCUCGUAAAUUGGGUCUAAUUUACUGUACAAAUCGUCCUAGUCAUGUAUUUUCUCUCACGUUAAGUGGCGAAUAUACUAUACUGAGUUCCGAUUCAAAACAAUUGUCUGUGAAAAGUCCCAUAUUCAAUAAGAGUGGCACAAAGCUGGUAUGGUUAGAACGCUUAGCAGAUGGACCACAUCAUUCAUGUUUUAAAUUAAUGUGUUGUAAUUGGUCUACAAAAGAGAUUACUACGGUUGUUGAUUUUGAUAAUAAAAUACUUCAAGUCGACAAUGAACAAUUACCAUUCUAUGGCCUGUAUAAUCAAACAAUACCAAGUAGAAGUUGGCUGAAUGAUGACAAAAUUAUUGUACUAAGCACUCCUCAAGGUGGUUCGAUACAUACAUUUGCUAUUGAUACUGAAUCAAAAGAUAUUCAUUAUCUUCCAAUUACAAAACCAUUUCAUGAAUCUGUUAGUGUAUUAGAUGUUUUCAAUGAUGUUUUAAUUUGUUAUAAAUCAUCGCUAAAUAAACCUGGACAAUUAUUUGCUAUCAAAAUAACUUCUAUGUUUGAAGGGUAUAAUUUUUCCAAUAUUUCUAUUCAUGAAAUUUCGCCAUCUCAUAGUCUUCCUAAUAGUGACAACUUUGUUGUUGAGCAUGGUUAUACUCUAUACAAUAAACCUACAACAAUUUUCUAUGGACCAAAAGACAGUAAUUGUCCUUUGAUUAUAUGGCCUCAUGGUGGUCCUCAUUCAGCGUCUUUAGACUCAUUUAUUGCUGAUGCUGCAUUCUUCAUUCAAAUAGGUUUUGCUGUGUUAUUUAUCAAUUACAGAGGAUCAAUAGGGCUCGGUAAAGAUUAUGUUGAAUCAUUACUUGGUAAUAUAGGUGAUGCUGAUGUUAAAGAUGUUUAUAAUGCCGUGCAAUCUAAUCCUUCGUGGUCAAAUAGAAAGUUACUGUUGUAUGGUGGUUCACAUGGUGGUUUUUUGGUAACACAUUUAAGUGGACAAUAUCCAUCUGCGUUUAAAGCAGUGUGUGCUUUGAACCCCGUUACUGAUCUUAUAACUAUGUUUGGGACAACAGAUAUUCCUGACUGGAAUAUUACAGAAGGUGGUAAUAAUUACUCUGAAGUAGAUAGCUUGGCAAAUUCCAAAGAAAUUUUGAUGAAAUUAGCAGAUUGUUCGCCAUGCAAAAAUGUUCAUAAAGUUCAAGCUCCUACACUUUUAUUGCUUGGUGAAAAAGACUUACGUGUUCCCCCGUCUCAAGGUCUGGCUUAUUACCAUCUUCUUAAGAAGCACGGUGUUACAGCUAGAGUUUUGAUGUACAAUGAUUGCCAUCCAUUAAGUACUGUUUCCGCAGACAUGGAUAGUUCAAUAAAUACGGCACUAUGGUUUAAAAAGUAUUCAAGUGAUGUUUCCGAAUAAUUUAUUAAUCUUUACUAAUAUAGUAUAGUUAUAAAUAUAAUACAUUAUUUAUGGGUUUUCAUCCUAUCUAUGACUUUUUUUCCAUCAGUAGUAAAAUUAAAACACUUAAUUAUUGUAAUGUAAAAUUUUUAUUAUUAAAUGAAAGUGAUAUUUAAUUCAAAUUUAUAUAAAUUUAUAUUAAAAUUCAUUAUUUAUA